UGGAUUGCUGUGCUGCGCCACAAGCUGCCACAGACCUCGUACAAGAAGGUGCUGGUGCAGCUGCCGGACGGAAUCAUGCCGCACCUGACCAAAACCCGCUGCUGCUCGCCGACUUCCUUAUACCAGGUAAGCAUCGGUGCAGUCACGAGUCUGCUGGCGCUGAACAGUCUGUUCAUCCUCACAACUUCGACUCGCCCGACUUCUACAACAAGCUGUAUGCGCUGCUGGACGACCACGUUGUACUCUGCCAAGCAGCGCGGCCGCUUCUUCGGCCUGUUGAACCUCUUCCUCUCGCCGACCCACUUGCCGGCGUACACGGUGGCGGCUUUCGCCAAGCGGCUGUCGCGCAGUGCCCUCAUGGUGGAGCCGGGCGCUAUCCUGUUUAUUAUCCCGAUGGUGUACAAGUUGAAUCUGCGUCACAUGGAGUGCUUGUAG